CCCUGCAAUGGCGUCAGGGCUGAUAAGACUGCUCCAGCAGGGGCCUCGCUCCCUCCUGGCUCCAGCCGCCCCCAUGCUGGUCCCUCCGGUUCGGGGAGUGAAGAAGGGAUUCCGCGCCGCCUUCCGCUUCCAGAAGGAGUUAGAGCGGCGGCGCCUGCUGCGGUGCCCGCCGCCGCCUGUGCGCCGUUCAGAGAAGCCCAACUGGGAUUACCAUGCAGAAAUACAAGCUUUUGGACAUCGGUUACAUGAAAACUUUUCCUUAGACAUUCUCAAAACUGCAUUUGUUAAUAGCUGCUAUAUUAGAAGUGAGGAGGCCAAACGCCAACAGCUUGGGAUAGAGAAAGAAGCUGUUCCUCUGAAUCUUAAAAGUAAUCAAGAACUAUCUGAACAAGGGAUGUCUUUUUCAAAGACUUGCCUCACACAAUUUCUUGAAGACGAAUUCCCAGACUUACCCACAGAAGGCGUCAGAAGUCUUGUUGACUUUCUUACUGGUGAGGAAGUUGUGUGUCACGUGGCUAGAAACUUGGCUGUGGAGCAGUUAACACUGAGUGAAGAAUUCCCAGUGCCCCCGACUGUAUUACAGCAGACUUUCUUUGCGGUUAUUGGAGCCCUGCUACAGAGCAGUGGACCCGAGAGGACUGCACUUUUCAUCAGGGACUUCUUAAUUACUCAAAUGACUGGAAAAGAGCUCUUUGAGAUGUGGAAGAUAAUAAAUCCCAUGGGGCUAUUGGUAGAAGAACUGAAGAGAAGAAAUAUUUCACUUCCUGAAUCAAGACUCACUAGGCAGUCUGGUGGCACCACAGCUUUGCCUUUGUAUUUUGUUGGCUUAUACUGUGAUAAAAAGUUGAUUGCAGAAGGACCUGGGGAAACAGUGUUGGUUGCAGAAGAAGAGGCUGCUCGAGUGGCCCUUAGGAAACUUUAUGGAUUCACAGAGAACAGGCGGCCUUGGAACUAUUCCAAGCCCAAAGAAACGUUGAGAACACAAAAGACCAUCACUGCCAGCUAGCCAGCCAGCCAUGAUGUGGAGCCUGAAAUGUGAGAGCAAAAGUCAGAUAAAUGUCAAAGGUGUUUCAAGCUAGAUGUUUUCAAAAUUGCAAAGAAAUAGGUGUUUUUUGUUUUUUACUGUUCCUAAAAUUAAAUAAAUGUUAACCAAGUCACAGUGUUUUUGGUUUUGUUUUUUUAAAAGCUUGGUUUGAUCAGAUUUUUUUUUUAUUAUGGAGAUUGAGUCUAGCUCUGUGGCCCAGGCUGGAGUACAGUGGCAUGAUCUCACCUCACUGCAACCUCCACCUCCUGGGUUCAAGUGAUUCUCGUGCCUCAGCCUUCCUAGCAGCUGGGAUUACAGGCAUGUGCCACCAUACCCGGCUGAUUUUUGUAUUUUUGGUAAAGAGUGGGUUUCACCAUGUUGGUCAGGCUGGUCUUGAACUCCUGACCUCAAGUGAUGCACCCUCCUUGGCCUCCCAAAGUGCUGGGAUUGCAGGUGUGAGCCACUGUGCCUGGCCAGAUGAAAUAUUUUUUGACAUUUUUGCAAGAAAUUUUCCUAAAGUUCUUAAUUGUAUAGAAUUUGUAUUAUUAGGUAUAUUUUAUUUGCCUCUAGCUUUGAGGUGUCAUAAUUCAAAUAUGUGUCUUACAUGAAUUCUGUCCUGUAAAACCAAUAAAAAAGGUUUUUUUUCUCCAAA